AUGUCUCUUUCUUUGCUUUGCCUCUUUCUAAUCUUGCAAUCUAUGUAUGCGUUAAUGAAAAUAACUAAUCAGAAGUGUUUUGAGUAUGGGAAGCCCACCACAUACUUGAAGGCUGACUUAAUCCUAGGUGCGUUUAUCCCCAUUUUCUUCACACUAGAAGGACCCAAGGAAAUCCAGAUAUUUUUUGAGAAAAAAGAGAAUCCACUAAUCAAAAGUUUAAUAGAGAAAUGGAAGAACUAUCAAUAUUUGCUGACCUUAUACUUUGCCAUUGAGGAGAUCAAUAAAGAUGCACAACUGCUUCCCAAUGUGACCUUGGGUUUCCACCUCUACAACGCUUUUGACUAUCACUACAGAACCUUAGAAGGACCUCAGAUGUGGCUGUCUGGAAGGAGUGAGUUUAUCCCUAACUACAAAUGCAAAACUCAAUACAAAGCUCUUGCAAUCAUUGCAGGAGUCAGGCCUGAAUUUUCUGCUGCAAUUGGAACACUCUUGGAACUCUACAAAGUUCCACAAAUCUCAUAUGGAAAUUUUGAUUCUGCACUAACUGACAAAGAUACAUUCUCAUCCCUUUACCAGAUGUCUCCAAAAGACACAGCACUAAUCCAAGGUGUGAUCUCUUUAUUGCUGCACUUUUCCUGGAAAUGGUUGGGGCUCAUUGUGUCUGAUGAUGUAAAAGGUAAGGAGUUCAUCUCUGACUUGAAAGCGGAGAUCGCAUUAGAAGAUAUCUGUGUAGCUUUUACAGUAAAACUCCCAACUAAUUGGAAGAUUCAGUUAGUAUCUGAAGUUGGGUUGCUGAAUUUAAAUCAAGAUACACAAGUAAAUGUACAUAUAUUCUAUGGUGAUAUAAAUGACAUAUUGUUUUUCUGUUUCAAAAAUGGACUCAUAUCAAACAGAAGGAAAGUGUGGAUCAUGACAAAGCCACAAUUAUUUCACUUGGAGUCUGAAUAUGAGUUAAAUAUUUUGAUGUACAUUUUUGGAGGAAGCUUUUCAUUUUCAAAAAAUGAAAAUAUUCCUGGCUUCAAGCACUUUAUCAAAGCACUUAUGCCCUCCCAAUACCCAGAAGAUCUUUACUUCCGUAAAUUCUGGAUUGACACAUUUGAUUGCACACCUCCUCCUUUACACUGUGGAAAAUAUAUACCCUGCCCACCAAAUAUAUCCCUAGAGACUAAAGAAGAAAAGGUUGUGAUGAUCACUUCUGAACCCAGAGUUUCCAUAUGGAAUGCAGUGUAUGCAGUGGCCCAUGCCCUCCAUAAAAUGCUUUUGAGUAGAACAGAAAUAGCACCUCACAAAGCGGCAAACAAGGACAGUCUUCUACCUUGGCAGACUCCUGAAUCUGUAUGUACACAGAGCUGUGGUCCAGGUUUCUGGAAAAUUCUAGAAGAAGACAAACCUAUCUGCUGUUUUUCUUGUUUGUUUUGUCCAGAGAGACACAUUUCCAAUCAAACUGAUCAGCAGGAGUGUAUCCCUUGCCCAAUUCAAGAGUACCCAAACCCUGAGAGAAACAGCUGCCUGCCCAAGUCAGUGACAUUCCUGUCCUUUGAUGACUCUCUAGGCAUGGCUCUGGCCUGCACAGCUCUGUGCUUGUCUGUCAGCACAGCUGUAGUUUUCGGAAUCUUUCUCAAGCACCAAGACUCACCCAUAGUUAAGGCCAAUAAUCGGACUCUCAGCUUCAUCCUGCUCAUCUCCCUCCUCCUCUGCUUCCUGUGCCCAUUUCUCUUCAUUGGCCAGCCAAACACCGCCUCUUGCAUAUUGCAACAAAUUACAUUUGCUCUGGUGUUCACUCUAGUUCUUUCCACUGUUUUGACCAAAACUGUAACUGUAAUUUUGGCCUUUAGAGCCAUGACACCAGGAAAAACAAUGAGAAGACUCUUUGUCUCAGGCUUCUAUAAUUCUGUCAUCCCCAUCUUUGUCCUGAUCCAGUUUAUUCUCCUUGGAGUCUGGCUGGGAACCUCGCCUCCCUAUAUUGAAGAAGAUGUACACUCUGAACAUGGUCACAUCAUCAAUUUGUGCAACAAGGGUUCAGUCACUGCUCUCUACUGUGUGCUGGCAUUCUUGGGGAUCCUGGCCCUAGUCAGCUUCUCUGUUGCUUUUCUAGCAAGGAACCUGCCUGAUACCUUCAAUGAAGCCAAAUUUCUGACAUUCAGCAUGCUGGUGUUUUGCAGUGUCUGGGUCACCUUCCUCCCUGUCUACCACAGCACCAAGAACAAGACCAUGGUGGCUGUGGAAGUCUUCUCCAUCUUGGCUUCCAGUGCAGGGCUGCUAGGGUGCAUCUUUUUCCCAAAGUGCUACAUAAUACUCCUAAGACCUGAUAAGAACUCUUUGAAAAGUUUUAAGAACAAAACACGAUCUAGGAAAAACUGA